CGUAUAUGGAUAGCUAGGUUAUUGUAACGCUAGUGAACAACUGCGCUAAAAAGGGUAUUAGCAGAUAAAAGAAAAUACAGACACUCGCAAAGUUUGAAUGGCUACUUUAGUAGACAACUUAAUUGAAGAUGAAGCCGAAAGAGAGAGACUUCUUGCUAAGCCCACCUGCUUUAUCAUCGUUGGAAGACCGGGUGUUGGCAAAUCCACCUUGGCCAAAAAAAUUGCAGAGUCCUGGAGGUGUAUCCUUAUUGAUGAUACCAAUCUUCUCAACACACACAUAAAAAAUGAAACAAAAGAGGGCCUGGAGCUUUUGGACAUCUUAUCUGAGGGAAGAAGUGUACCAGAGAAUGUGGUGCUGAAGCUGAUUCUUGCCAGGCUUAACUCGCCAGAUGUGGAGCACUAUGGUUAUGUACUGAGCUGCCUGCCGUUCAUGUCAGAAGAGCAUCUGAAGAUUAAUGAGCAGAUUGAACUGAUCAAAAACCUCAAGCUAACGCCUGAUAUUAUCAUUAACAUCAAGUGUCCAGACAAGGACCUUGUCCAGAGGCUAUCUGGUCUGAAGCAGGACCCAGAGACAGGGCAGUUUUACAACAGGGAUCAGUGGCAGCGUGAAGAGGUGUAUAACAAGGAGAAGAAGAGCAAGGAACAGGAUGCAGAGGAUGCAGAGGAUGUGGAGGAUGUGGAGGAGCAGGAAGAGGAACUCUCAAAGGAUACCAAUGACAGAAUGGUGUGGACACCAGAGUAUUUGGCUAAAAAUGCUUUUGUUCGAAUUAACAUGUACAAGGAUAACAUGCUUAGACCACUGGAGGACUACAUGGCAAACCACAACCCUCUCUACCUUUUGGAGUUGGAUGGAAAUAAUUCAACAGAAGAGUGGCACUUGUCUGUUAUGUCGCGUCUCGAAACUUUGGCUAUAAAUCGCGUCCCCGUUCCAGUCCUCCUCCACCAGACUGAGGAUGAGGAAAUGCCAGAGGACGUUAGCACGGAGGACCUACUGAGAAUUAUGUCCUCUUACAGGAUUAUGGUCCCUGGCUUUAGGUGGAGAAGGAGCCGCUGGGGCAGAACUUGCCCUGUUGCUUUGAAAGAGGGCAAGGUCAUUCCUGGCAAGCCACAAUUUAGUGUGGGAUUCCAGGACAAACUGUACAUCCUUUCGUCAGCGGAGGCACACCAUAAAUUUGUCACAAACCCUCGCCCUUACCUGUUACCUCCAAUGCCGAGGUUACCCUGCAAAGUUUCAAUCAUUGGGCCUUCCCUUGCAGGGAAGACCACCUUAUGUAAACUUCUAGCUCAGCACUAUAACACAGCGGUAAUUGACAUGGAGGAACUGUUGCAGCCAGUUUUGGUCAAGGCUAAAGAGGAGAGGAUUAAUAAAAUUAAAGAGGAGACAACACAGGCUGCUAUAGACAAAAUCAAAAUGAAGAUGAAGGAAGAUGGACAAAAUUCAGUGACAGAGGAUCAUCCACUGGUGCAAGCCAUGGUACUCAGUGCUGUGCAGCAAGCAAAGCAAUCGAGUACUACUUAUUUUGGCUUGUAUGCUGAGAUACUAGAGAAGCGUAUAAAAGAGAUUGAAGAGGUGGAGGGCAAGACUGGGUGGGUGCUUGACAACUUUCCCAAGAACCUUUCCCAGAUGGAUGCCUUACAGCAAGCUGGACUUCUGCCAGAGGUCUUCUUCUGUCUCACAGACAGCGAUGGACACCAGGUUUUGAGAAGACUUUAUGAGAUGAAUAAAGAAAGUGUAAAGAACACUGUAAAGAAGUUAGAGGAUGAACAGUCUCAGGCGAUAGAGCUCUCAAACCAAGAGGAGCAAGAAUCAGAGGGGCAAUCAAAUAUGAAGACAGUUAUGGGAGAAGCUCAUGAAGAUCCUAAGGAAUUGAACACCACCAGCUCUGCAAAUCCAAAUGCAGUACAAAAAGAAGCAGUGGUAGUACAUGAUGAUUCAGAGUUGAGCUAUGCAGAUAGCCCCGAGAUGAACGAGUAUAAACUGCAGUUACGACAGUUUGUGGGUGAAUGGGAGAAAAUGCAGUCUGGUUUAACGGUAACCCACUGUACCCUGGAGAUUGGCAGGAAAAGCCCAGAGAACCUGCUUCAAGAGAUGAUCCAGCAGAUGGACAAACCCUUUCAGUAUGUGUCCUGGGAGUUAUCAGAGGAGGACAUGGAAAAAGACGCAGAAGAUAUAGAGGCCUUAGCUCAGCUGGAGAGAACAGAGGAAGGCAGUGAUGAUGAUUAUUCCCUAGGGGAAAGAGAUGAAGGAGACACCACGACCAACAGAUUCUUAGGUGACACCCAGCAUUUCUGCCCUGUUGUCUUAAAAGACCAUAAUGUCCUGCGACCCUGUACCGAUGAAAUUGCAGCUAAGUAUCGUGAGAAGACCUACUACUUCUCCAGCUUAGAAGCCAGGGAAUCAUUUCUUCAAAAUCCUGAUCAAUUUGUUGCACACACUGAGCCUCUCAAGCCUCCUGCUCUGCGGAUCUUUUUGCUCGGCAGCGGAGGCUCAGGCAAGACGACUAAUGGGAAGUGGCUUGCACAGCAGCUUGGACUCUUCCAUAUCCAGUUCAGAGAGCAGCUCCAAAUGCUCAUAAUGGCCAAGACAAAGAUGCGGAUACCUGAUGCUGAUGAGUUAGUGCUCUUACAAGAUGAUUCUGAAGACUUGGAUGCCAAAAUAAUGGAAGCCAGGGCGGAGGACGAGAAGGAGUCAGAGGAUCCCUAUGAUAACAUGAAUGAGACGGAGCAAGAAGAACUGACUGAGGAUGAAAUGGCCAUCAAAGCCUACCUAUCUGAUGGAGAUCCUCUCAAUCCAAAGAUUCUGGACAUGACUAUUGCACCAUACUGGAAACAUGAACCAUACAAGUCUACAGGUUUUAUUUUGGAGGGCUUUCCUAUUGAUCUGAAUGAGGUGCAGUACAUGUUUGAGCAAAAGUUUUUCCCUGACGUUGUGGUAAUGAUGGAAGUGGAUGUUGAGGAUGUCCAGAGUCGUCUGUUGCCACAGUACCUGGAGAUUUGGCGUGAGCGUCGAAACAAACGUGAAGCACAGCUGAAACUCCUUCAUGACCUGCGUAAAAAAAAACGGGAGGAGGAUAUUUCCAAGAGAAAAGCUGAACUCAUGGCAGAGCAAGAUUUAAAGGCAACUAAAAAAGAGCUCAGUUUUCAAGAUGGCACAAAAGAUGAUGAAGAGCAUGAAACUGCAGACAUAGAGGAGAUGAUUGAGGCCCUGCUGGAGGAGGAAUUUCCUGCAGAAGAGGAUGAGGAAGACAUCGAGAAUGAGGAGACUGAGGAACUAGCUACCAACAGGCUGGAGAUAGGAAUAAAAGAGCGUUUUGUGACACAAGAGACCAACCUUAGUUCUGUGAUGGAACUCCUAGGUGAACACAAUAUACCCAGAAUGGUCAUCAAUGCGUCUCGCAAACUACGCAUUGUUCAGUGUCAGCUGCUCAAGAAAAUCAAACCCUUGUUGACCAACAGGGAGUCACUCUUCCAAAAAUGCCACCCCAUCCCCUACAGCCUGGCAUGCAAACUGCUGCUCUCCUCUUUUAAGUUCUUCAGUGCCUUUGGCUUCCUGGACCCCAUCAAGCUACACAAAGAAAGAGACCUGAUCCAGCCUCUGAAGUGGCCUUUCAACACAACAUACCUCCUGCUGUUCCAUCAGUAUAUCUACUUCUUUGCAUCUAAGGAGAACUGUAACACAUUUAUGCUCAACCCCUUAAAGUACCUGCGGCAGCCCAAGCCCACCACGUCACUUCCUAUUAAAAUAGCAGUGACUGGACCUCCAAAAUCUGGAAAGACCACCGUGGCACAAAUUUUUUCUCAGAAAUAUGGCUUGGCUCAGCUGUCCAUUGGUAGCGUUAUGCGUAUGGUGCUUGACACUCAGGGGAACACCGAUCUGGCUAUUCAGAUGAAAGAGUAUCUCUUACAGGGCCUUGUUGUGCCUGAUGAACUGGCCAUUCAGUGUCUGGAGGUGGCACUGAUGAACUCAGUCUGUAGCAUGCAAGGAUAUGUGCUUGAUGGGUUUCCAAUGACCCUUAAGCAGGCAGAACUGAUGGGGUCUCAGAGCAUCAUCCCCAUGAUAGUAGUUGAGCUAGAGCUGGACAUAGUGGAGGUGCUGAAGAGAGGUCUUGCAGACAAGAUGAAGCCCAACAAGCCUCACUUGACGCACGAUAGCUCUGAGAUCCUACACAUUCGUAAUUCCUGCUACAAGAAGGAGGUGGUGCAUGUGAGGCAUCACUUCCAACAACAAUAUCAAAACUGCUUGCUUCUCAAUGGCCUCAAGAGCAAAUGGUGGAUCUGGGACAGAAUGAUAAAAGAGGUCAGCACCAGCAUGAAAUAUAUUCAAACUUACCUGGACAGGAUACAGAAGGGGCAAGCAGCCUGCAUCAACAAGCUGUGCAUCACACCCAAGGAGUUUGACUGCCGACUUGGAGAGUUUGGCCAGUACUGCCCUGUCUGCAUGGCCCUACAUUACCACCUGGUGGACAUCUCAGAAACUGCAGCAUUGACUCAUGCGGCUGAGUACAGGGGACAUUAUUUCAAGAUGUGUGAUGAAAACCAUUUAGAGAUGUUCCUGUCUACUCCUGAUCAAUUUGUCACACCUGGCUGCCCGCACACCCUCCCAAAACCCCACCUCUUGCCAAGGAAGCUGACUGAGAUACACGUGAAGAACAGGUUUCCACAGCAAGUUGAGAUGAAGGGCUACUGUCCUGUUACUUACCUGGAUGGAAAGCAGAGGUACGAAGCUCUGGUUCGAGGAAAGAUGGAAUAUGCUGUGGAGUACAGAGAACGAAUUUAUAUUUUUGAGACCAAGGAGAAACGGGACAAGUUCAUGAGGACUCCUGAAACCUACUGGGCCCAAAAGCUGCCCAUUAAAGUUCCUCCCCUUUCUGAACCUGUACAUCUCACCUCCCUUCCAACGCUGGGCUACCUGGAGCAGGGUGUGGCAGAAGCAGUGAUCAAGGCAAUGACAGCUGCCGGGUGUCUCAAACCAAAGCAUCCUUAUCUCAGUUUAAAGAGAUCAGCUCUCAGUUAUGUGGCCUUGUAUUUGAAAGCUUUCAACCACAGGAGUACAGACUCCAUUCGCCAGAUGUACAAAAAGAAGCUGGCCUCAUUUGAAGAGAACUGCAUGCUCAUCCCCUACCUGAGCACUGUAAUGAAGGGGAACUACAGGCCUCCCAGUGAACGCCCGAUUGACUUUGAGUUCAAGCUGAACAGGUUUUUGGCCUUAAGCGACUUGCCCGGAGCUAAUGGCGUACAGCUUGAUUAGUACUUUUGACUACAGCAUUGUCAUUGUACUUAACGUGAUGUGGUAAUCUGAGUCUGCAAUACAAUUACAUUAAAAAAAA